AUGGACAAAGACUGCCCCGGUGAUCCAUGGCAGUGCUUCACCAAGAGGGUAGGAGAAAGACUAAGAGGGCAGAUUUUUCGAGUCAAUGCUCUUAUGGUGGUUAUGGGCAUCUUGAUGGGGUUCAUGGUCGGGAUAGGCACCUAUGGCCAUCGCUACCGGCACAUUCCAUUGAUCCGUUUCCUCUUCCUGGCUGCCACCACAUUGUUCCUGCCCAUUGUCUCUUAUAUUGUCUCUUCCAGUGAUUUAGACAAUUACAAGUCAACCACCAUUUGGACGGAGACCAUAGUCGUAGUGAAUUGUAGUGCAGGAGCACACAUCAUCUAUGUCCUUAUAUGGACGGCUCUUGUUCUGAAUGUUGGUAUAAAUACCACUGCACUAGUUGCCGCCGAUGCUAGAGAAGGUCGAAGCAUUCCUCCCAAUAUGACGCUACUUAUCCAAGCAAUGUGGACCUCCUACCUAGGGAUACACAUCUGCAUUGUAAGUGGUCCCCCACCUGAGGUGAUAUUAUUUCUUCUUGGACCGUUUGGUGUUAUAUUUGCCAAAUUAGUUCUGAAGUGUUAUGCAUGGUACAUAGCUACACAAUCAUUAGCCUUUGGACGCAAUGCUCGUCUUAUUGUUGGAUACAUGGAGCAGCUAGCAAGUGAGCAUAUGCCUCCACUUAUAGUUACUGGAGAGCACACCAUGCAGAUACAGGAGAAGCCUUGUGGCUACCAAUUAAAGUCGAUGUCCUACAGAUUAAGAGAUGAUAUGUACCACAAGGGCUUAGUGACCUUUGACAAAGUUUGGCAGUUGAAUGACACACUUCUGAGAUCAAAAUCACCACAGCUGAAAGAACUAUGCUUUUCAUUCGCAUUAUUUAAACUGCUACGGUGUCGAAUUGCAAGGUACACAAUUACUGAGGUUGGUUUCAUCAAGGGCAGUAACUUCUUACGACAAAUCUUGCUUGAGGAUAAUGAUGGUGAAAGAGUACUUGCGGUGAUUGCACAUGAGCUCUCGUUUCUCCAUGACUAUUAUUAUUCAUCACUCCCAAUCAUAUAUUCAAAGAGUUGGCUGCCAAUCGUGAGUGGUUCCAUUUCACUAGUAAGCAUAUGUUACUGCUUGUUAGCCAUAAUUUUUAUUGCUGCCCAGGGGAAUGUAUCUGAGAUAGGGCAGAUUAUAUGUGAUGCGUACGGCAAUGCUUUUUCUAAUUCUGAUGCAGAUUCAAUAUCUUUUGGAAGUAUAUACUUUGAUAUCAUACCAUUGUAUAUACUUGCUGCACUAGUUAUACUUGCCGAGGUGAGGGACAUUGCAUUUUACAUCCGCUCUAACUGGAUGAAAGUUGCCUUGAUAUGUCAAUAUGUGAAGCAUGGUUCCUGGCGACAAUCGGCUACCAUCCAGAGAUGUGUUGGUUGUGUGCUACGGAGCAAAGGCAAGUUGAUAAGGAAUUGGGAGGACAAAAUGGGCCAGUCCUUGAUUUUGGUGCUCCACCCAAGCAAAACUCCGAUGGCUCUUCUUCGGCAUCUCAUUCAUUUGUCAGGCCAAAAUACGAAGAUACCAAGUGCAGUCAAAUCUGCUAUUGUCGGUGCAUUGAGAAAAUGCUACGAGACAGGGCAAAUCAAUGGUGAUGUGCCCUCUUUCCAAAGGAUCCUACAUCUGCAAGGAGACGACAAGAUCAUUUGGACAUUUGGGGAAAGAGGUACAGCUGAAAUCAUGCUGGUGUGUCACAUUGCUACCACAAUCCUUGGAGCAAGGUUACCAACACAUCAACCUCCAUCAGACACUGACCAUAUCUCUGCUGCAAAUCAUAUAUCGCAAUAUUGCGCCUACCUGGUGGCACACUAUCCUGAGCUACUACCUGAAGAUGCUGAAUGGUGCAAGAGCUUGUACAAGGCCGUUGAGAAAGAUGCCAAGCGUGUACUCAUUGGCAAUGAUUCGAGGGAGUCAUGGAUGUCUGAAGUUGAGUACCGGAGGAGGUUGAUUCAGUUGCUAAGCGCAGAGCGUAACCAUGAGGUGCUCAAGGAUGGCGCGAGGCUUGCAGAGCAAUUGGCUGAAGAAGGGGAGGAGGCAGCUUGGAAGGCCCUGGCUGCGUUUUGGUCGGAGAUGAUCCUGUAUGUCGCUCCGUCGGACAACAUCGACGGUCAUAUGAAGGCGAUAGCCCGCGGCGGCGAGCUGAUAACCCUCCUGUGGGCUUUGGUCACCCACCUCGGCAUCGUCGGCAGGUCAGACAACACCACUGAUGCUGCUACCGUUGAUGUUUAA